AUGGAUCGACCGGAGCCGACCAACGCCGUGGAAUCACGUCUCCAACGUCUUCUUGCGGACUUCAACGAAAAGAAGAACGUUGGUAAACAGGAAAAGAUAAGGAGCGUAAGUCAAGUUUCAGAUGGAGAGUACCAUGAGGGAGAUCUCUCGCCUCAAAGUGCCGGAGAAGAUGUCCCGCAAGUACGGUUUGUUGGAGACAAUCGCGCCGUUCGAGGAGGACCCGGUGCUAGGAAAGUUCGUCACCACGAUCAGAAAGAAGAACGAGAAGUGGAUGGAGAGCAACCGCCUGAAACGAGCCAAGUACGCUGAGAGGAAAGAGAAGGAAAAGGUAUGUGAAAUCAAGACUUCCAGAGGAUUCUAUGUAUAAUCAUUUUAGGAGAUGAAGCAAUUGGAGACAAAGAUGAAAGGAGAGCAAAUAAGAGCCGACCUUCUGGUCAAAAGCUCUAUUUCUCCACUUCCCAACACCGUUCAAAAUGAUGGCAGCACUGCUGCAUCCACCCCAAGUCUUGACACGUCACUGCCACUGAGCGUCGACAUCCCUGUUCAAAACUUCGGAUUAGCGAUUGAUUCGAAUGACUUGCUCCGCAAGGUAAAAGCAGACAUCUUCAGAUUAAUGUGAGCUUGCACUUUCAGCAGGAUGACCCGAACGCCACUCCGACUGAAGUUCAGCAAGAGAUUGUGACUGAGACCGUGCCAUCUCCUCUGAACUUUGGACCAGGUUUGGAUCACGGUGAGAACUCGCCCUUCAAACCAUAUGCUCAACCAGCAAGGCCGGUUUUCGACCUGGCGGCAAUCCAACGAACUCAACACUAUCAGCGGCUGUACCAGCAAGUUUUGAUGGAAAGCCACGCGGUGAGAUGAGAUCUUGCACAAUUUUGUUAAGCAAAAAGUGAUUUUCAGAGAUCCUUCGCUCCAAAUAUCUCAGUCGAGCAGCUUCUGGAUGACAUGAACCAACUGGUAACUCCUGUCGUUUGAUUCUCGUAUUUAAUGAAUCGUUUUCAGAAUGCUUCAAACUUCAUGCUCCGCUUCUGA